AUGGCCGACCACGAGGAAGUAGAGAUGUUGGAUGCAGACGACAGCGGGGACAGUGACGAGGAAAGCCCGCAGAACAGCGACAAACCCGCGGAGACGAAGGUGUACCUGCCCGGCGAUCCCAUGGGCGAGGAGGAGGAGCUCGUACACGACGAAUCCGCCUACAUAAUGUACCAUCAAGCACAGACAGGUGCCCCCUGCCUGAGUUUUGACGUACUGCAGGACAGUCUGGGUGAGAAGAGAGAGACAUUCCCCCUGACUGCCUACAUGGUCGCCGGCACACAGGCUGAGAUCGGGCGCCCCAACCAUGUCAUACUGAUGAAGAUGAGCAACCUCAACAAAACUAACACAGAUGAGGAUGAUGAAGAUGAUGAGUCUGAUGAUGAGGAGGAGAAGCCACAGCUGGACACUGUCAUGUUCCAACAUCAGGGCGGGGUCAACAGGAUCAGGACCACUGUAGUCCAGGGCACCCAUCUUGCUGCCAGCUGGUCCGACAAAGGCUCUGUCCACAUCUGGGACCUCAGUAAACCCCUGCGCGCCCUCGAGGACCCCAGCGCCAUCGCUAACUUCGAGAAACAGAAGGACAAGAUGCAGCCCGUCUACUCCUUCCCUGGACAUCAGUCUGAGGGGUUUGCUGUGGAUUGGUCAACAACGGUCAAUGGUCGGCUGGCCACAGGAGACUGUAGGAAGGACAUCCAUGUCUGGACCCUGCAGGACGGAGGCUGGACAGUGGACCAGAGACCCUUCACUGGACACACCCAGUCUGUAGAGGACAUCCAGUGGUCACCUAAUGAAGCAACGGUUUUUGCAUCCUGUUCUGUGGAUAAGACCAUACGGAUAUGGGACGUCCGCGCAGCCCCCAGCAAGGCCAACAUGCUAACAACAACGGCACACGAACGCGACGUGAACGUCAUCAGCUGGAACCGGCACGAACCAUUCAUCGUGUCAGGGGGGGAUGACGGAGUGGUCAAGGUGUGGGACCUGCGACAGUUUCAGAAGGGAGUAGCAGUGGCAGUGUUCAAACACCACACGGCGCCGAUCACUUCGGUAGAGUGGCACCCAGACGACAGUACCGUGUUCGCCGCCUCGGGCGCGGACGAUCAGCUCACCAUGUGGGACCUGGCGGUGGAGAAGGACGAUGAGGGGACAGCCGUGCAGGGCGUACCGGACGUACCGCCGCAGCUGCUGUUUGUUCACAUGGGACAGAACGAUAUCAAGGAGCUGCACUGGCACCCGCAGCUGCCAGGGGUCCUCGUGAGCACAGCCCACAGUGGGUUCAACAUCUUCAGAACUAUCAGUGUUUGACCAAGGCCAAGUGUUUUGACUGCAUGAAUUUGGACUACGGAUAGGAUUUUGACAAGGUUCCACAGAAACAACCUAUAAGAGCUGCACUGGCACCGGCAGCUGCCAGGGGUCCUCGUGAGCACAGCCCACAGCGGGUUCAACAUCUUCAGAACUAUCAGUGUUUGACCAAGGCCAAGUGUUUUGACUGCAUGAAUUUGGACUACAAGAUUAUACAGAAACAGUGUAUAAGAGCCGCACUGACACAUUCAACUGCCAGGGGGCCUCACUAGGAUGGAAACCUUACCGUGGAUGGAACACAUACAGAUUGAAUCGGAACUACAGAAUCGGAAAUGUAUGUCAUAAGAAUCUGGACUUGUUAGAGAGAGAUCCUUUCUAAGGCAAGAGAAUUAAAAGCAAGGCAUAGCCUUUUCUUCCAAGUAACAGUGCUACAAAAAGAGACAUUACUAAAAGACAUCUACAAUAUGGAAAUACUGUACAUAGUCUUUUACUCAAGACAUACAUAUGUACACAAACAUGUAAUUGUAUCUUACCAAAAAGCAAGUACCGGUAUUGUUCUUUCAACCAAAGUCAAAGACAUAAUACUAUCAUUGCAACAAAGACAAACCUAAAUUAUUUUACUAUUGGCUUCUGUCGAGCAUUUUAUGUUGUUGAGGUACAUUUGUACAUGUUAUAGUUGCUUUGUAAUGAAAUUGUAGACAGACAAGGACAAUGAACAAAGUCAUGUAGUUUUAAUACUACAUGGUACAUUUGUAUCAUCAGAUUCUUUUACUAACUUGAAGUACAUGUAUGUCCAGUAACUCUUGAAAAAACGUUUCAAGUAACACCUGGUAUUUCUAAGAAAUUUCCAAAACAUUUCCCAAAUAGAUAUCAUCAGCUUGAAGGAAACAUUGUACUACAUUUGACAAUAAAUUAACAGAACCACAGAACUGCUAUAAAAAUGACUGAAAUAUCACCUUUAAUAACAUUUAUUUGCUAUCUUUUUACAGAGCACAUUUUAUUCCUUGUAAAUGACAAGCUCCUUAAGCUUAGGAAGGGUAAGGCUACAUCAUUCUUAGAUAACCUGGUUACCAGACUAUUUGAGCUGCUGAGACUCCUACAGAGAGGACAAAAAGGAUUUGGCAGCUAAAAUUGAUUUGAUAGUUUUUAGAUAGCCUGACUAAAUCACCAUUCUAGCAGCUCCCCCACUGGUCAGUGGUAUACAUGGGGAACGGGCAUUCUGAUUCAGGCAAAACAUCUGUAAGUAAGGCCAAAGCAAGUAAUUUUUAUGGAUUUUGGGGGAAAAAAA